GUCAUCCAAUUCCCCCAUUGCAACCAUCCCAUCCCACCUGCCAUCUUGCUUUUCGCCCAUUUAACUCAUCAUCCACCAAUCAACCCAUCUCAUUGACUCCUGUACUCCCACCCCACUCCACCCCACCGACCGCGGUCGGGGCCCCUCCCUCCCCGACCACCAUAAACAAGCACCACCACAAUGGCCUCCUCAACCCAACCGUUCGGCACGCGCUCCUACGCCUCGGGCAAACUCCCCGAUCGAUCGCUCAAUACCAACGCCCUCCCCUUCAGCGCCUCCUCCUUCUCGCGACACCGCAGUCUCGCCGGCGCCCCCGGCGCCACCAGCUCCGCCGCCGACUUCGCCGAUCCCAAGUCCACCAACCAGGUCCCAUUAGGCGCCCCCCAGGCACCCCCAGCACCCCCCAUGCACUCCCAACCCCAUGCCUCCUCUCCACAAGAUACGAAUCCUCUGAACCGGUUAACAGAGGAGCAGCGCGAAGAGAUAAACGAAGCGUUCACGCUCUUCGACCUCGACCGUGAUCGACACCUCGACUACCACGAACUCCGGGUCGCCUUCCGGGCACUAGGCUUCACCCUCCCCAAACAAGAGCUCAUUUCCCUCCUAACGACCUACGGCGUCCCCCGUCCCCAAGUCCAACAGCAGCAGCAACAAUCCGGGCAAGCACCCCAACAACCACAACAGAAAUCGGGGGGGAUAACUAACCCCCAACACCCGAGUAAUCUGCUCAUGCCCCUUUCUGCGUUCCAGGCCGUCACAGCGCUGAAGAUCCUGGAACGGGAUCCAAGGGACGAGAUUCUACGCGCGUUUGAGCUGUUCGAUGAGGGUGGGAAGGGAUAUAUCGAUUUGGAGGAUUUGAGACGUGUGGCGAGGGAGUUGGGUGAAACGGGGUUGGAAGAGGAAGAGUUGAGGGCUAUGAUCGAGGAGUUUGAUUUGGAGGGUGUGGGGGGUGUUACGCGCGAGGCGUUUGUGGGAAUCUGUUGGCAGUAAUCUCUCUAUUGCUUCUGUUUUUGAUGGUUGGGAAAGGGGGAAAUAUAUGGGAAGGCUUGAGGAGAUGGAAAUCAGGCUGUUUGGUAUUACUCUACUGUACUCUAUCUGAUUGUUGGUAGAGGGCUAAUGGUCCUAUUCUUGGUGUUGUCACGGUUUUGAUUUCUGUGCAUGGUGGGCGCUAAUUCAUUUCGAAUUCUGGAUUUCGAGUUUCUGUUUCUAUCUGGUUUCUCUGGUAUGGAUCAGCCGUUUUUUAAUCAACCACGAAUACAUACACACGGGCAUGU